UCUCGUAACGGAACGAUGACGUACUUCCUUUAAGUAUCGGCUACGGGGAAAACAACACCUUAGCGCCCCAGCCUGAAACAAAAAACACCGAAUAUUUCUGCGUCUUUACCAACUGUUACCACCGCCGACGCAUUCUCCGUAACGUUUAACUCCCCGGACACAAGAUGCCCCAGAACGAACACAUUGAGUUGCACCGCAAGCGGCAUGGCUACCGCCUGGACCACCAUGAGAGGAAGAGGAAGAAGGAGAGUCGUGAGGCUCACGAACGGUCUCACAAAGCCAGGAAGAUGAUCGGUUUGAAGGCCAAACUGUACCACAAACAGAGACACGCAGAGAAGAUCCAGAUGAAGAAGACCAUUAAAAUGCACGAACAGAGGAAGACCAAACAGAAGAAUGACGAUAAGACCCCAGAGGGAGCAGUGCCGGCCUACCUGCUGGACAGAGAGGGACAGUCUCGCGCUAAGGUCCUCUCCAACAUGAUCAAACAGAAAAGGAAAGAGAAGGCUGGUAAAUGGGAAGUACCUCUGCCAAAAGUUCGCGCCCAAGGAGAGACAGAAGUUCUUAAAGUUAUCAAAACUGGAAAGAGACAGAAGAAAGCCUGGAAGAGAAUGGUCACAAAAGUUUGCUUUGUUGGCGAUGGCUUCACCCGUAAACCUCCUAAAUAUGAACGCUUCAUCAGACCCAUGGGUUUGCGUUUUAAGAAGGCUCAUGUCACACAUCCGGAGCUGAAAGCCACGUUCUGCCUUCCCAUCCUGGGAGUGAAGAAGAACCCGUCCUCACCCCUCUACACCACCCUGGGAGUCAUCACGAAAGGAACAGUUGUAGAGGUCAACGUCAGCGAGCUGGGCCUCGUCACACAAGGAGGAAAAGUUAUCUGGGGUAAAUACGCCCAGGUGACAAAUAACCCAGAGAACGAUGGCUGCAUUAACGCAGUUCUGCUGGUAUAAGACUCUCGACCAGCCUGAAAACUGUUCCCGAUAACUCUUAAUUUCUAUUAAGAGGGUUAAUUACAUCAAAGAAGCGACGAGCAAAGACCUUCAGUUCGCUGGACUGUCAGGAGGAUCGCUGAUGCUCUGCUUUGCAACUUAAAAAAAAAAGGACACUCAAAGGAAAAACAAAGGGGUGAUUACUACAUUUGAUAUGAAUAAACUUGAUAUGACACCAGA